CACAGUUCAACAGUAACCGUCAGUGAUCCUACAGGGGGCAGUAAUGCUACAAGACGUCGUAUUGGCUCUAAGCCCCGGCGAAAAAGAGUAGAAAAGAUGGCGGCGACCAAAGCGUCAAAAGAGCAGAAAUAUGACAGGCAACUCAGACUGUGGGGGGACCAUGGUCAGGAAACACUGGAGAAUGCCCAUGUUUGCCUCAUCAAUGCUACAGCAACAGGAACAGAGAUUCUGAAAAACCUGGUACUUCCAGGGAUCGGAGCAUUCACAAUAGUUGAUGGACACACCGUUUCUGGGGAAGAUGUAGGAAACAACUUUUUCCUAAGCAGUGACAGUAUUGGAAAGAACAGAGCACAGGCUGUGACUGAGCUUCUACAAGAACUUAAUAGUGACGUAUCUGGACACUUUGCAGAAGAGUGUCCAGACAAACUUCUUGACAGUGACCCAGAGUUUUUCCACAGAUUUACCAUAGUGAUUGGUGUCCAUUUACCAGAAAGCACGUGUUUAAGGCUGGGCUCAGUCCUCUGGAGCGCCUCUGUUCCUUUCCUAGUUUGUAAAACCUACGGCUUCAUUGGCUACAUGAGACUCGUGGUACAAGAACAUACAGUAAUUGAAUCUCAUCCUGACAAUGCUCUGGAGGACCUGAGGUUAGAUCAGCCGUUCACUGAUUUCCAGAACCACAUUGAGUCUUAUGACCUGGACAACAUGGAGAAGAAGGAUCACAGUCACACACCGUGGGUUAUCAUUGUUGCUAAAUACCUGGAGAAGUGGCUCACUGAGCACAACAAUCAACCACCCAAAAAUUAUAAAGAAAAAGAGGCAUUUAGACAGUUAAUCCGAGAAGGGAUUUUGAAAAAUGACAGCGGCGUCCCACAAGAUGAAGAAAACUUUGAGGAGGCGAUCAAGAACGUUAACACAGCUUUAAAUCCAACGAAGAUUCCUAGUGGUCUUCAUGAUCUUUUCAACAGUGACCAAUGUAACAACAUCACGUCCCAGACUCCAUCCUUUUGGGUGAUGCUGCGAGCCGUCAAACAGUUUGUUCACAAUGAAGGCAACGGAAACUUACCAGUGAGAGGAACCAUCCCUGAUAUGUUUGCUGAUUCACAGAAGUUCAUCAACCUUCAGAAUAUUUACAGGGAAAAGGCCAUGGAAGACGUAGCUGCUGUUACCAAACACGUAGAACAACUGCUGCAGUCUGUAGGAAAGCCUCCUGACACUAUUCCCGAUAAGGACAUCAAACUGUUUUGUAAAAAUGCUUCUUUUCUGAGGGUGGUACGCUGCAGAUCCCUGGCUGAGGAAUAUAGUGUGGAUUCAGUGAACAGAGACGAAAUCACUUCAUGCAUGGACAGUCCCGACAGUCACAUGGUUUUCUACCUCAUGCUUCGUGCAGUCGAUCGCUUCUUUCAGCAGCACUCGCGCUACCCAGGGCUUUACAACUACCAGGUGGAGGAGGACAUCAGCAGACUGAAGCUCUGUGUGAACAGUCUGCUGCAGGAGUACAGCCUCAAUGUCAACAUCAAAGACGAUUACAUUCACGAGUUUUGUCGAUACGGUGCGGCGGAGCCUCACACAGUAGCAGCGUUUUUGGGAGGAUCGGCUGCUCAGGAGGCCAUCAAGAUCAUCAGCCACCAGUUUGCUCCCUUCUGUAACACCUUUGUUUACAACGCCAUGUCGCAGACCUGUGCCACCAUGCAGCUGUGAAUCACCAACGCUUCUUUUAUUUCAUCUGAAAGAAAAACAAAAUAGGUCAAUCAUAAUAAUAAUAAUAAAAAAAAAAUUUAGAAAAGUCAUCGUACAGUGAACAAAUGCACUUCGAGAUUAAUAUUUUAUAGUUCCUGUGUGACGUGGUUGUUCUGUUAAUUGAAGGAGGUCUUUGUAUAUUGAGGUGCAGCUGAAACAAAAGCCCGAAAUAAAAACUACUUCAUUCC